AUGGGUUCAUUCAAGAAAGAAUCUAACCGGCGGGCCCGGAAGAUCGAGGCUGCCGGUGGCAGCGAUGGCAUGCAAAAUGUCAAGGUCAAAGGCGAGAACUUCUACAGAGAUGCAAAGAAGCUUAAGCGAUUACAUAUGUAUAAAGAGGGGAAGGCGCAAAGAGAUGCCCAGGGAAAUAUCACAAAGGCAGCCAGCUACCAAUCGAGAGAGGUGCCGUCUGCCAGGAUAGAACCGAACCGGAAAUGGUUUGGGAACACUCGAACUAUCUCCCAAGAAGCCCUAACGGCAUUCCAAACGGCGAUGAAGGAGCAGGCAAAAGAUCCUCGCUCAGUCCUUCUACGACGGAAUAAACUACCGAUGUCUUUGAUCCAAGAUCCUGAUGCUAAGACUUCGAAUAAAGAAGCGAACAAGAUCAAGGUCGAGACUGAGCCUUUCGCUCAAACAUUCGGUCCAAAGGCUCAGCGGAAGCGGCCGAAGCUCGCCGUUGAAAGUAUGGCCGCUUUGAUGGACGAAACUGAAAAGAACCGAACAUCAUAUGACGAUAAGAUCCAAGAUGCCAUUGAAAAUGGCACAGCUGCCGAGGGCAUGGUAGAAGAGGCUAGAGAGGCUGUGUUCUCUAAGGGUCAGAGUAAACGUAUCUGGAAUGAGCUUUACAAGGUUAUCGACUCUUCAGACGUCAUCCUACACGUCUUGGACGCGAGGAAUCCGCUAGGAACAAGAUGCCGCUCUGUCGAGCAGUAUAUGUCGAAAGAGUGUCCUCACAAGCAUUUGGUGUUUGUUCUCAACAAGUGCGACUUGGUUCCCACAGGAGUUGCUGCCGCCUGGGUACGACAUCUAUCGAAAGAUUACCCAACACUAGCAUUCCAUGCUUCUAUCAAUAAUUCAUUUGGUAAAGGAGCUUUAAUAGCUAUUCUACAGCAAUUUGGAUCCCUUCACUCUGACCGAAAACAAAUAUCUGUGGGUCUCAUCGGGUACCCUAACAGCGGGAAAUCCUCCAUCAUCAAUACUCUGCGGAAGAAGAAGGUCUGCACAGUAGCCCCUAUACCCGGCGAGACUAAAGUGUGGCAAUACGUCACAUUAACAAAGAAGAUCUUUUUGAUCGAUUGCCCCGGUAUUGUACCGCCAUCCAAUAGCGAUACAACCACGGAUAUCCUAUUACGUGGUGUUGUACGUGCGGAGAAGGUUGAAAAUCCAGCUCAAUACAUCUCAGCUUUGCUCGAGAAGUGUAAACAACACCACGUUGAGAGAACAUACGAUAUUAAGGGAUGGAAGGACCCUAACCAAUUUUUGGAACUGUUGGCAAGGAAGGGUGGUAGACUGCUUAAAGGUGGAGAACCAGAUUACGAUGGUGUUGCAAUUAUGGUCAUCAAUGACUUUUUGCGAGGGAAGCUGCCAUGGUUCACACCGUGCGAUGUCGACGACAAAAGGGAUGGGAAGGAGGGCAGUAGUAGGAAACGAAAGGCAGAAGAUGCCGCCGAAGGGGACGCAGAUGCUUCUUUCGCAGAUGAUGGCGAGGAAUGGGGUGGCUUAUCAGGGUCGGAUGCAGCUCAUUCGGCUGAUGAAGACAACGAGGAGGAGGAAGAUGAAGAAGAGGAAGAGUCCUCAUAG